AUGGAAAAGAUCACUCUCUAUUACUUCACUGUCUUAAACAGUCUCACAAAGGCGCGUGGGGAAAACGUCAAAUUAUUGCUCGUUGAUGCAGGCUUAGAGCAUGAUUAUGUUCGUGUAGAAGGUGGUGAGAGCUGGAUGCAAAAGAAGGAGUUGCUAAAGGAAGAAAAGGGCGCUUAUUCUUGUACAUUGCCUUAUAUUGAAAUUGACCAAGGCGAUCAAUUGAAGAGAUUCUUCAAGACUGUUCCUAUCAUGCGCUAUAUUUCUGCCAAGUUAGGUUACAAAUAUCAUGGAUCAACUCCUGAAGAAACUCAAUUUGUUGACGUCGUUACUGAACUCACUGAAGUUUGGUUCGAAAAACUCAAGAAGGCAGCUUUCACUUCUGAAGAAGCAAGAAAACACCAUUUCACUGUAGAGACUCCACAAGAACUUGCCAUGUUUGAUAAGUAUUACUCUGACUAUCCUGGUCCCUAUCUUCUUGGCGACAAGUUUACUUAUGCUGAUAUCUUGGUCUACCAUAUGAUUGAUGAUGACAUGGCUCUUGACAAACUCGAAAAUACUCCUCACCUUGCUAAAUUUGUUGAGGCUUUUGAACAAAGACCCAACAUUAAGCCAUACCUCGCUUCUCUUAAGCAAUAA